AUGGCUCCGACACAGGAUGUGGAGAAGAUGCAGGAACGCCAGAAUUUCCGUAACGUUUGGCAUACGGAUCUCACGCACAGUAUCCAGGGCGAUACUCCUUAUUGCUGCUUCGCGUUGUGGUGUGCUCCUUGUGCAUCGUAUUUGCUCCGAAAGCGUGCGCUUUACAAUGACAUGUCAAGGUACACAUGCUGUGCCGGUUACAUGCCUUGUAGCGGUAGGUGUGGAGAAACCAAAUGUCCUCAACUUUGUCUUGCCACUGAGGUCUUUUGCUGCUUUGGAAACUCUGUGGCCUCGACUCGUUUUCUUCUGCAAGAUGAGUUCCAAAUUCAGACGACACAGUGUGACAACUGCAUCAUUGGUUUUAUGGUUUGCCUCAACCAAGUUGCUUGCAUAUUCUCCAUAGUUGCAUGUAUCGUCGGCAUUGAUGAGCUUUCAGAAGCUUCUCAGUUGCUCUCUUGUUUAGCUAACAUGGUGUACUGCACGGUUUGCGCGUGUAUGCAGACACAACACAAGGUGGAAAUGGACAAGAGAGACGGUACGUUCGGUCCACAACCAAUGGCAGUGCCUCCGUCUCAGCAAAUGUCACGAUUUGUGCAAGCUACACCACCCGCAAUCGGUUAUCCUCCACAAGGCUAUCCACCUUCUGGCUAUCCUCAACACCCUCCUCCUCAAGCGUAUUCUCAAUACCCUCCCGGUGCUUAUCCUCCUCCAGGGGCGUAUCCUCCUCCUGGGGCUUAUCCUCCUCCCGGGGCUUAUCCGCCACCCGGGGCUUACCCAAAGUAA